AUGUCUGAAACCAAAGACAUGACUCAAUCCUGGCGCAUUUACCUGUACGGCGCUGGCUCUAUUGCAUGGCGACAUGGUGUUGCAGCGGAGAGUCUAGGUCACGAUGUCCAGCUCUUUGCGGCGGACCCUUCAAAAGAGGCUCGACAAGCAUUGCUCGCCAAAUUCCCCAAAGCUACCAUCUAUGAACAUACCGAAGCCAUGCUCGCCAGUUCUCCGGGGCAAGAGCGCGACAUAGUCGUGAUAGCUGUGCCCCCAUUCUUGCACCAUGCAGCAACACUCCGUGCGUUUCGAUCCGGCCGUCACGUCCUCUGCGAAAAGCCCCUAGCAACAUCCGAGACGGAGAUGGACGAGAUGCUAGCUGCAAGUGCUGCAUCCGGUCGUAUGUUUGGAGAGUGCAGCUUUCGGUAUCUCGGAAACGAAGCGUUGGACCGCGCCCGCCAUUUGAUCGAGACGGGAGGGAUAGGCUCUGUAUAUCACGCCCGCUUCAUCAACCGGCAACCCAGGGCCCGCGCGGGGAUCGAGUACCAACCGUCAAGCAGAUGGUUUCUGGAAAAGGAGAAAUCUGGUGGGGGCAUUAUCUUCGAUUGGGGCGUCUACGACAUCACCAUGUUCUUCGACGUCCUCCGUCCUGUUGCUGCCACGGUCAAUUAUGCCUGGUCAGCCACGCCAAAGACCGGCGCGGACCCAUCUGAGACGUCCAUCUCUAUCGAGACGCACGCUGGUGCGUCUCUGACAUUGACGCUUGAAAAUGGUGCCGUCAUCCCCUUGUACUGGGAGCGAGCGAGCGGGUUUCACGGAGACGCCCAGGUUGCUCUGAACAUAGACGGCACGGAAGGAGGUCUGACGUGGGAAUGGGUCCCGACGUUUGACUACAAAGACCAAGUCGACGCGUUGGAGGAAGGCUUCAAGCUCGUGCACUAUGUCGAUGAUAAUGGCAAAGUCGAUGCUAGGGAGGAGACGUUCCCUGCUUUCGGGUGGGAGGACGCAAACCAACGUCCCUUGCUCUCCUUUGUUGAUUUGAUCGAGGGAAGGGAUAGUGAAGCUCUUUCUAGGAGCCGGCUGGAGUUCAAUUUUAGUGUUAUGUUGGCUAUUUACAAGUGCGCCUCUGAAGGCAAGCCCGUUCAUAUUCAGCUGAAGUAG